CCAUUAAACACCAGGAAAAAGAAGGUUAGAGUUUAAAGGGCAAAUAUUUUAGUUCCGCUCUUAGAUUAGUGCUGCAGGGGAAAAUGACAACGUUACGGGCUUUUACCUGCGAUGAUCUGUUCAAAUUCAACAAUAUUAACCUCGACCCAUUGACAGAAACUUAUGGAAUCCCGUUUUACCUGCAGUACCUGGCUCACUGGCCUGAGUACUUCAUUGUGGCAGAGGCUCCAGGGGGAGAGUUAAUGGGCUACAUCAUGGGGAAGGCGGAAGGAUCCGUGGCCAGGGAGGAGUGGCAUGGUCAUGUCACCGCACUCUCCGUGGCUCCGGAGUUCAGGCGACUGGGACUAGCAGGGAAGCUGAUGGAACUGCUGGAGGAGAUCUCUGAGAGGAAAGGAGGCUUCUUUGUGGAUCUGUUUGUACGAGUGUCCAACCAGGUAGCAGUGAACAUGUAUAAGCAGCUGGGGUACAGUGUCUACAGGACGGUCAUAGAGUACUAUUCAGCCAGCAAUGGGGAGCCAGAUGAGGAUGCCUAUGAUAUGAGGAAAGCUCUGUCCAGAGACACAGAAAAAAAGUCCAUCGUCCCUCUCCCGCACCCAGUCAGACCUGAGGAUAUAGAAUAACCCUGCGCUGUGACUCUCCCUGCACAGCCUCCAGACUUUCCCCAAAUUUCUCCCGGUGCCCCACUCUGCUCAAAAAAAAAAAAAAAAAAAAUCAAGGCCCGUUAAAUUAUUGUUUUUGAAAAGGUGCACAGUUACAGCACAGAAAAAAAAAAAUCUAUAAUACGUUUCAAUUGGAAAUUUGUACAGAGAUUUGUACGCUGUUGGUCCAUAGUGCAGACUGCUAAAGAGAAGAACACAAGGUUUGAUGGUGGGACCUGACCACUCCACCCUUGGGCCCGUCACUCAGGGCCUAACGGCUGUUCCCAUCCUCCUGCUGCAUGUUCUCAGGGCAGAAUUAUGUCCGGAGCACCGCGUUUGAACUGAACCAAAUAACGUAGCUGCUUUAUUUUUCAUGUUUUUAUUAAAAGGGGAUAGCAGGCUGUAUCUGUAUUAGAGAGUCACAGCGUUACUUAGAAUGUUUUUUUUUUAUUGUUAAUACAAGCAUUGAAAAACCAGUAUAAUAAAUCCUCAUUAAAAUA